GCGGGAUAGCGAUGGCAUUCAAAUAGACUGCCAGUUCCGCUAGAAUGAAACGAUCUUUUCCUCACCUCAUCAGCGCAACUCACCUCGCUAGUCACUCUUUUUAGUGCUCUUCAGCAUUAUUCCAUUCGUUUAUUUUGGAUUCAGUGAUCUCAUCACCGUUCCAGUCCACUCUUUAAGUCGUUUUGAGUUUUGACACCCUCUCAGCUAUGCGCUUCUCUACACACGGCUCCGUGGCUGCGGCCAUGGUAGCCUCUCUCGCCACGGCGACUCCUCACGGCGGCCUCCUCGGUCUCCCUGUUGGCCAAGGCCCUCCUCUUGGUAAGGGCCUCGAUCUAGCUCACCCUGUUCAUGCCAAUGUCGACCUCAAUGCCGACCUCAGUGGUAAGGUGCUGGUGGCUGGUCUCCUUGCCGAUAUCGUUGUCAACCCUAUCGCCGAGGUCGCGGCCGAUGCCAAGGUAGCGGUGGUUUGCGAGGACUGCCACGUCCAUGGUGCUAUCGACGCUUCCAUCUCUCUGGAGAAGGUUGUUCCUGCCUUGAGCCUCUCUCUCAAGGACGUUGAGGUUCUUUUGGACCUUGACAUUCACAUUGGUGCUGCUGCCACCAUCGCUGUUAAUCUUGUCGCCCCUGCUAAAGUUUCGUUGCCUCUGCCUGGUUUAAAGGUUGAAGCCCUGGUUUACCUUGACCUCAUCCUUAGCGUUGAGACUGAGUUGGAUCUGUCUGCUGGUGUGUACCUCAGCCUACCUGAGGCGUCCCUAGGCACCGAUAUCCUAAGCGGCGAGAUUCUUGAUGUCGAUUUCUCUGGUGUUGUUGUCAAGGUGCUUCCUAUCAAGGUUCGGAUCGGCUGUACUGAGUUGCUUGCUGAUCUUCGUCUCCGCGUCGAACUUGGCGUUUCUGCCGCCCUCGACGUCGAUGAAAUCCUUCCUCUCGACAAGCUGCUCCCUGGUCUUAAUAUCCCUGCUAUUGGAGCUGGUUUGGAGGUUGCCGUCUACGCCAACCUUUUGGAGUAUGUUGGUCUGUUCUGCGCCGCUCCUGAGUGCCCCCUGGCCAAAGAAGUCUACGGUCUGAACGUUGGUGCCGCAGUCGAGCUUGGUGUUGCCGUUGAGAAUCUGCUUUCAAUUCACCUUGCGCCCACAGUUGCCACCGCCGUUCUCAGCAUUCCUACCAACACCAUCUGUAUCCCAACUUACACCGCCUCACCUCCCCCGUACUCUGGUCUUCCCGGCCCGAGCUACUCCGGCGGCAUCCCUACUUCAAGCUUCCCAGCUUUCCCCACAAGCCUUAUCACCAGCACUCCCGUCUCAACUGGACCCAGUGGGGAGCCUACCUCUAGCGGCCCAGCCUCCUCCGGUGGUGUGUCCACUCCCAGUGGGCCAGGAUCAUCCAGCGGCGCUUCUUCAUCAACUGGUCCUGCUUCUGAGCCGACUUCAUCUGGCCCCGGCAGCUCUGCUACUCCUACAUCCGGCUUCCCCGGCUCUACUGGUGUUCCUUCCUCAAGUGGCCCCGGCAGCGAGCCUUCUUCCAGUGGCCCUGGCUCUAGCGGUGCUGACUCUUCCACGGGCGUUGGAUCAUCUACUGGUGUCGCCUCUAGCAGCUCGGCUUACUCCAGUGGCGUCUCAACAUCUGGUUUCCCUGCUCCCUCAUCCACUGGAGCGGUUACCACACCUGCUCCUAGUGGCAACGAUGGAUAUGUGACUUCAACCAUCACCGAGACUUCUACUUUCACUGUCACAGCAUGCGCUGUCAAUGUACCUAACUGCCCUGCCGGAUAUCAGACCAGUGUGACUUUGAUUCACACCACAUCCUACACUACUGUCUGCCCUGCCGCUACCGCCACAGGAUCGAUCACCGCUUCUCCUGUUCCUACCUCUACUGGUGGUCACAACAUUGAGACUAUCACCAAGCACGUCACCACCAUGGUUCCUUGUGACAGCACGACGACCUUUGUCCCUCCCCCAGAGUUUUCAACUGUCCCUUACCCGUCAGACGUUCCUACUCCCCCUGUUAGCACUCCCGUCGGCUCUUCGUCUCCUUCUACACCCGCUGCCGGAUACCCUGGCACCAGUGUCCAGGCUGGCUCGUCUCCUUCCUCUCCGGCAGGCGGCUUCCCUACUGGCAGUGUUCCCGCCGGUUACCCAACUCCCUCUCUCCCCGCUGGUAGUGUGUCUGUCUCCUAUCCUGCUGGAGGACCUUCUGCUAGCUACUCUACCGGUGCAGUCUCUUCCAGCUACCCAGCUGGUCCUGCUUCAUCAAGCUACCCUGCCGGCAGUCCUUCUGUCAGCACUCCGGUUGUGGUUCCCUCUGUAAGUCACCCUGCCGGUGGCUGUGGUGGUGCUGGAUGCCCAGUUCCAACCUCAUAUCCAUCUGUGCCUACUGGACCGGCUGGCCCCGGCUAUCCCAGCGGCGGUAACAACACUGUUCCCGCGACUUUUGCUACUUACCAGCCCAGCGCCACCACACCCGCUGGCUACCCCACCACACCUGCCGGAACACCACCGGUCGCGACAGCAGGUGUUGCUAAGGUUGGCAGCAGCAUCGCUGCUGUGCUCGCUGUGAUGGGUGCUGUUGUAGCUUUGUGAGACUUUAGUGGAGGAAGUUUCGGUGUACUAGUCAUAUAAUGCCACUCUAUAGGACGAGGAUAGUGUAAUAUAAUGUUUGAUUGAAGUUAGUUAGGGAUGUUAUACCAUGGGUGGCGUUUUAGCUCAUGACAAUAUACGAUUUUGCUCGCGCUCGAAAGCUUGGUCUUUAUCUCUGUUGAUAUAUUCUGCCGGUCACUGUACUGUCUUAGUCACAAUUAUUCUCCAUCUUGCUUGUAGUAUGACAAUGUUUUUUGCUUAGCUAUAUGCACCUAGUCAUCCAGGAGCAAUGCCUUUGCCACUCCGACGAUGCAGUCUUUACCCUUGAUAUGGAGCCUGCAGUCAGGCUAAGUGUAGGUGGUGAUGUUGCUUACUGAGCUAAGAAUAUGCUUCGAGUCGUUGUACAGUAGAGAUGAGCUGAACGCCUACAUAUACACACUUCAUCUGGCUUACACCUCUAUGCGAACAUCGCUAAGCGGCGCUGCACUAGUGCUCUCGCUAAGCAGAAUUUAGUCAAAUCUGUCGAUCCACACGUGUUGUCCUGGUCGGCAGUUGUCCAAGGC